AUGUCACUUACGAGUUGGCUGGCUAUUUGCGGUUGGUUCAUACUUCUGGUCUUGUGGAUGUCCGAUACCACAGACGUUCCUUUCAUCAAACAUUUGCCGUCGAUUCCUGGCUUUCCGAUCGUGGGAAACCUUGUUCAGCUUGGGACUGAACAGCCACGACGUUUGGCUGAGUUGGCAAGACAAUAUGGACCUGUUUUCCAGAUCAGAUUGGGAAAUAAGCGAUUCGUGGUGGCGAAUAGCUUCGAGUCUAUUAAGCAGCUCUGGAUCAACAACCAAUCUAGUCUGAUAUCUCGACCUACGCUACAUACAUUUCAUAAUGUACUUUCAUCUUCGCAAGGCUUUACCAUCGGCACUUCACCAUGGGAUGAGUCCUGUAAGCGACGACGGAAAGCCGCCGCUGCAGCAUUGAACCGACCUUCGGUUGUCUCCUACAUGCCUUUUGUCGAUCUGGAAUCCUAUGUGAGUAUUAAAGAGAUUCUGCAGCAACUAGAUCACAGUGAAGCACAAGUAGAUCUCGACCCCUAUCCGUUGUUUCAACGGCUCGCCCUCAACCUCAGCUUGACGCUCGGAUACGGGUUUCGCAUUGAUGGUUCCGUUAACAACAAGCUCUUGCGUGAGAUAGUAACUGUGGAACGUGGAAUCAGCACUCUCCGUAGCACCAGUAACAAUUGGCAAGACUUUAUACCUCUGCUAAGACUUUUUCCCAAGAGAACGAACGAAGCAUCCGAUCUUCGGCAACGGCGAGAUGUUUAUCUCGAAACCCUAUUGCAGAAACUCAAGGAUAGGAUAGCAUCAGGAACUCAUGUAUCAUGCAUCACAGGAAACAUUCUGCAAGAUCCGGAAUGCAAACUUACCCAUGAGGAAAUAAAAUCGAUUUGCGUGACAAUGAUAGCAGGAGGUCUUGACACGACACCUGCCACUAUUUUGCUCGGUAUUGCAAUUCUUUCAGGACCAAAUGGUGCUUUACUUCAAACGAAACUGCUGGAGGAUAUUCACAAAACAUAUUCUGACGGAAAUGCUUGGGAAAGGUGCCUGAAGGACGAGCAAUGUGAAUAUGUGAAAGCCUUUUGCAAAGAGGUGCUUCGCUUCUGGACGGUCAUUCCGAUGUCCCUGCCACGCGUCAGCAUCAAGGACGUUGUGUGGCAGGGUGCGACGAUCCCUGCUGGAACUACAUUCCUGAUGAAUGCCUGGGCGGCAGACUUUGAUCCUGACCAUUUCAAGUUCCCCCACGAAUUCACCCCAGAGCGGUUCCUGGAUAUCCCUGAUGGAUCGGGCACACAACACUUCGCCUUUGGAGCAGGCUCUCGCAUGUGUACCGGCUCUCAUCUGGCGUACAGGGAAAUGUAUAUCACAUUCGUACGCAUGCUCAUUGCAUUUGAGGUGUUGCCUGCUAGAGAUCCAGCAGAAAGACCAAUCUUGACAGGUCCUCUUGAGUGCAAUGCCAACCAGUCGGGAUUGUCCAUUGAGCCGAAAGCCUUCAAGAUCGGCUUUCGCGUCCGCGAUAGGGUCUGCCUUGAGAAGUUGUUGGAGCAAAGUGAGGCUGCAACAAACCAUAUCAAAAAAUAA